ACCCCGCCCUUCUUCUGCAGCGGAGCUCGUGACGGUGCCACGGUUAAAUUUCAAUACCGAAAGUGUCCCACGGUACGUGCGCCGCUGAAAUGGCUGCUGCGGCGACGGAAGAAACACCCGCACUGAGUGCUCAUGGCGAUGUAUUGUCCGUGGAGGCAAACGAGGGCAACGGAGAGGAGAAAGAUAGGGGGCCCGCCGAACCGGAAACCGAGGAACCUCGCAGCAGCGAGGAACCGAAAAUGGAAGCGGUGGACGCGGAGGCCGGCGAGGAGAAGCCCGCUGCAGCGGCAGACAAGGCCGCGAGUGAGGCGGCGGCGACUGACGACAGCGCUGGAGCGGCCGACCAGGAGGCGACCGCCGCUCCUGAAGACCCGGAGCUGAAGCCAGAGCCGCAGCAAAGCCCCGGAGAAGGUACCAAGGAGCCCGCCACAGAUACCGCUAUAAAAGAAGCGAAGGAGGAAGCUGGAGAGGACAGCCGGUGUUCGGGGAUAGACUGCGAAAAGAGCAAAACAGUUUGUGAAGAUGGUGAGAAAGCCAGCGGCGGGGGCGGGGAGCUGGGUGACAAGAGGCGGCCGAGUGUGGAGAUAUCAUCCUCGGAUGGUGAACCGCUGAGCCGCGUGGACUCCGAGGACAGUAUCAGCAGCACCCUGAUGGAGAUGGAGAGCACAGUGUCCAGUGGGCGCUCCACCCCUGCUAUGAUGAACGGUCAGAGUAGUGCCAGCUCCUCAGGGACUAAGACGGUGGCCUACUCCUGCUGCUGGGACCUCUGUCCACAGUGCUUCAACUGCAGUCCUGAUCUGGCAGAGCAUAUCAGGGGCAUUCAUGUGGACGGACAGAGAGGAGGGGUGUUUGUUUGUCUAUGGAAGGGCUGUAAGGUGUAUAAUACACCAUCCACCAGUCAAAGUUGGCUCCAGAGGCACAUGUUGACUCACAGUGGAGAUAAGCCGUUCAAGUGUGUUGUUGGUGGCUGCAACGCCAGCUUUGCCUCCCAAGGAGGGUUAGCGCGUCAUGUCCCCAGUCACUUCAGCCAGCAGAGUUCCUCCAAAAUGUCAAGCCAGGCCAAACUCAAGGAGGAGUCACCCUCCAAGGCUGGCCUCAACAAGAGGAAGAAACUCAAGAACAAACGCAGGUGCUCCCUACGAGAAGCUAGAGCUGGACAACACACACACACACAAAAAGCGAGGCCCCACGACUUCUUCGAUGCCCAAACCAUGGAUGCUAUUCGCCACAGGGCCAUCUGUCUCAACCUCGCCACCCACAUUGAAAGUGUUGGCAACGGCCACAGUGUGGUCUUUAACAGCACGGUACUAGCCAGAAGGAAAGAGGGAUCGGGAAAGGUGAAGGUUCUCCUACAUUGGACACCUGAGGAUAUACUACCUGACGUGUGGGUGAACGAAACGGAACGAUCACAGCUGAAGACUAAAGUGGUGCACUUGUCCCAGUUACCGCAGGACACAGCCAUGCUGCUAGACCCAAACAUCUAUAGAGCACUUCCUCAGAAGCGGCUGAAGCGGAGCCUGUAAGGAGUCGCCUGUGGACUCGAUACUUGAGGGGAAAUGCUUGUUCAUAGGACGUUUGUCUAUACAGCAUGGGACGCUCUUCAUCUGUCUCACGGGAAGUAAAGUGCCCAUUAAAGUGAAACUCGGGUCUACUGCAGUUUUCCAGUUUUCCCUCUUCAAUUUUGUAUAUCUGAUAUGACUGUUGUAGCCAAGUGUGUUGUAAAAUGGGACUAACAAUUUUUUUUUAAAGUUUGUGGUCAUCAAAAACUUUAAUGAAUGUUUUUUCCUAACAAACACCAAACUGAAAAUGUGCUUAAUACCCAAUGGGAAAAAAAACAAAACAAAAAAACUGUUUUGUGUAACCUUGUCAGAAAAAACAGCAUAUUUUAUAACUGUUUUGUCUAAAAUAUUUAUGCAGAUUUUUAACUUAUUUUUAUACCAUGAAAAUGCUGGUGUAAUGUGGGCUUUUGUGAAGGUUUUGAAAAGAACCGUAUUUACUGUGAUAACCUAUGUUAAUUGUCACUUGUAGGUAUAUUUGGACAUUUUGAGUUGUAAUUACAUUGUACAUAAAAUAAGUCUUAACAGAUUUUCCUAUUUAUACUUACUGAAUGCAGUACAUUUACCUGUAUGUAUGACAAUGAAGUGUGAGGUUGUGCCAGUUGUGUCAGACUUAUAUUCAAUGCAAUGCAAACUGUUUCAGGAGCAAUAACUCAGACGUUAAAUGUGCAAAGUGUGAGAUAUGGCCAGAAUGAACAAAUGUUAUCAACACCGUUGCUGACGUUAUGUCAAAGACGUCUGUAUAUUGUGUUGCAGAGCUGUUCACUGAAGUUAGCAUGCUAACCAGCUAGCCCCAGCUCGUCCUGUCUCGUAAUACGCGAUAGUCUGAGUUUCAGCUAGUGUGCAAACUUGCACUAAAAGCUCUUUAGUGCAAGUUUUAGUGCAAUAAGCAACCAAAUUAAAGUCUCAAAAUCGAGAAGUCAAAAAUAAGGAAAUGUUUUUACAUAUAUUAACCAUGCUAAACAGAAAAAACACAAUCACACACCAAGUGAAUUCAAGUUUCUCUCUUUCACCAAACUAAGACAAGCUUAAUUGUCUUAUUAACUCAUCAUAAAACACACUUCACUCAAACUUGUCGUCAACACUGAAAACAAGUCUUACCAAAAACAAUCAUCAAUUUACAAAGUCAGAUGUGAAUAUAUUUUCACCCGAUGCUGAUGCCUGACUCUUGCGCUCCUUUCCUGUUGCAUGCCUCACUUGCCCCCACCUGUCUUGUCUUCUUGACCCCAGAGUCAUAGCUGUGAUCAGGGUCACGGUAAAUCACCUCCGUACUGUAUUCCCUGUCUUCCAAAUCCAGUCAGCCACUCGGCUACAUAGCUCACUUAGCUAACUUGCUAUCUGCAGCUUGUACCUGCAGCCAAAGAUGGCUAUGUCAAAGAGUAUAGUAAGUAGCAGAUGGUGGUUUUGCUUCCCACCUGUACUUUUGGAGCUACCUUCUUCAAGUGGCCAUAUCUUACACGUUACACAUUUAAUCACACUACCGUGUAGCUCUUAAUCUCACCCAGUCUGUGGACAGUACAGCAUAGAAAUGACUGACAUUUCUGCAUACACUUGAAAAGUGAAAGUCACACCAACUUAAACCUCCCUUCCCCCCCAAGUAACAUUAACUGUGUUUAUCAUAGUUGGUAUGAUUAUUUACAUUACUACUUCUUUUUUUAUUGUUAAAAAGGUGUGUUUUCUACUGUUUGAUGUCCCUGUUGGAAAUGGAACUGUGUUUGUAAUAAAAUGUUGGCAACGAAA